UUCUACCAUUCCUCCAGGGCUUCCACCAUAAGGAAAGAAGUCCCUGGACCAACAUCCUCUAAGAUGUUCAUAUGGACCAGUGGCCGGACCUCUUCAUCUUACAGACACGAUGAGAAAAGAAAUAUCUACCAAAAAAUCAGAGACCAUGACCUCCUGGACAAAAGGAAAACAGUCACAGCACUGAAAGCUGGAGAGGACCGGGCCAUUCUCCUGGGACUGACGAUGAUGGUGUGUUCCAUCAUGAUGUACUUUCUGCUGGGAAUCACACUGAUGCGCUCAUACAUGCAGAGUGUGUGGACUGAAGAAUCUCAAUGCACCUUGCUGAAUGCAUCCAUUACCGAGACCUUCAAUUGCUCCUUCAGCUGUGGUCCAGACUGCUGGAAGCUCUCUCAGUACCCCUGCCUCCAGGUGUACGUGAACCUGACUUCUUCUGGGGAAAAGCUCCUCCUUUACCACACUGAAGAGACGAUGAAAAUCAAUCAGAAGUGCUCCUAUAUACCUAAGUGUGGAAAAAACUUUGAAGAAUCCAUGUCCCUGGUGAAUGUCGUCAUGGAAAACUUCAGGAAGUACCAACACUUCUCCUGCUAUUCUGACCCAGAAGGAAACCAGAAAACCGUCAUCCUAACCAAACUCUACAGUUCCAAUGUGCUGUUCCACUCACUUUUCUGGCCAACAUGUAUGAUGGCUGGGGGCGUGGCUAUUGUCGCCAUGGUGAAACUCACACAGUAUCUCUCCCUGCUCUGUGAGAGGAUCCAACGGAUCAAUAGAUAAAAGAAAAAAAUGGAUAACAUAGUUUUCUUUAAAGCUCAAAUACUGUUUUCUUUCAUUCUUCACCAAAGAACCUUAAGUUUGUAAUGUGCAGUCUGUUAUGAGUUCCUUAAUAUAUUAUUAUACAUAGAGCAAUAAUGCAAAUGCUGUUCUAUAUGCAAACAUGAUGUCAUUGUUAUUCAGGAGAAAAAGUUACUGUUUUGUGUUGGUUGAUUGUUUUCAUAAUCUUGUUUCAAUGCUGGAACUAGUAUGUACUUCUCUCCUUCUGCCAAAAUAGGGCUCAGUUAUUUACUCAUUUGCCAAGCUUUAUGGAGGAAUGUAGGCAACAUCAAUGUGAUAAGGUCUGAAUUCUGUAUUAUCAGAUCUCUUGAAGAUAAGAUUUUUCUUCCUUUGUUGUUUACUAAAGCUACAGCCAAAAUAUAUUUUUCUUUUCUUAUUCUGUAUUGAGCCCUGUAGCAAGUGAAGAGACCAGAUUUCCUAAUUAAAGUGGUAAGCAUUUUCCUUGUAUUUUUUACCAUAUCACUGUAAAAAUGAGAGGAAACCUAGCCAGCUACUUUUCUUUCAUUAUUUAUUGUUCACAGCUUGAGAUUUUUAACUGAUUUUUUAAAAAGAUUUUUCAUUAGCCAAUUCUAUAAUCUCUUACUAUGAUUUAAGUAGAAAAUAAACAGAAUCCUUUUCCAUUUAAGACCCUGCAACUGUGUGAAGAAUGAUAUUGACCAGGAGUUUCAUUAACUAUGAGCUGACUGGAUAUUGGUAGCUGCUGCAUUACAAUCCAGAAAGUCUGUGUUACUAAGAUAUUUAUGUGAAAAUCCUUACUGUGUUUCAACCAAACUAUUAGUUGGUAAAAAUUAAGAUGCUGCCUGCUGGUAAAGACUGGUAAGCUGGUUUCAAUGGGUAAUCUAUUGUGGCAAAUUAACAUGUUGAAAUAUUGCUCUUUGAGAAUUUAUGUUUAAGUUAAUGAAUGUGUAGUCUCUCCUUCUGACAAGUGUUCCCUAUCAGGAUUUUAAAGCUAUGUACACAGAAUAUUUGUCACCUCCACAUGUUUUAUUUUUCUAUUUACAGGUCUUUUUGUUGUUAUAUUUUAUAUGCAGAAUAGACCUUUUUCCUAACACACAUUUGAAAUGAAUAACAGAUCUAAAGGAAGCCUUUCUUUGCAUUGCUAUUUACUUGUUUAUAUUGGGGGGGGAGGUGAGGGAUUGGUUUUAAAUAUAAACAUUCCAUCUUUUCUUUAGUAUCAAUAUCAAAAGGCAAAGACAUUUAUCUUUCUCAUCUAUAUUUAAGUACCUUUUUGUAAUGUAGUAUCAAAAUUUUUUAGUAUUGCAAAAUUUUACAAAUCACUUGUGGAAUGAAUGGUAAAAUAAUCUGAUGAAGUGGAAAUUAUUCUGCAAUAUUGUAAUUCAUAGUUUGACUUUUCAUAAGCAAAUAAAUCCCUAGGGUGUAAUCAAGACUUCAAAUGUGUAAUUAAAUUUUUU